UAAAUUGGUAUGUUACUUAUAUGUUCCCUUUCCACUGGCAGUGCACUGAGUGCACAACCAUCAUGACGUCACACUAGUCUACUAUCACAGUCGUUCUGUCACUACUGUCAGCGGUGUCAGCGCCGUACUGUGAUUAGUGAUAUCGAAUUUCGGAUUUCGGAGUGGCAUAACAUCGACAAUACUUCGACGUAAACGGCACGUCCUGUCUUUUUGGACACUCUUGGAGAGAUUCAUUGGAGCUCUAUUGAGGGUCCAGAAAUUCGUGACACUCUCAAUUUGUCCUGUCACAAAUCAAAUAUUACUCUGUGUGUAGAGUGGCGAGUGAUACGGAAUCGAGGGAAAUCGCGCGGAUCGCGCGUACAGGUUAAUGCGUUCGUUUAGGGCGAGUCUCGGUUGACGGAUACAGAGAUGUCAUUCAAAAUCGGACAACGCGUCGAGGUUCCCGUGAAGGAAUGCCAAGGCGUGAUUGCUUACAUCGGUUAUCCGGCGUUUGCGUCGGGCAAAUGGAUUGGCGUGGUACUCGACGAACCGAAGGGAAAGAACAACGGCAGCGUCAAGGGGCAGGUGUACUUUAAGUGUGCAGAGAAUCAUGGCAUGUUUGCACGCCAAACACAACUUAUUCUGUUGGACGAGGCUGGCAACAGAACUGAGCCAGUUAGCCCAUCAUCUGCAGGCAGUAAUGCCACGACACCUGAUGAUAGCGCCGCUAGAGCCAGGAGUCGAUUAAAUAGCAUUAGUAUGCGUCGAAGGAAUGAGCCUACAGCUGUACGGAGAAAAACAUCUCCUGCGAAUGUUACUCGCCAGCAAACUGACAAACUUUCUGGUUCUCGAUUAUCCUUAUCUGGAAGCAGAACAUUAUUAAGUGCCCCAAGUACAGAAAGCCUAACUGGAUCAUUGCACGAACGUAGAGACGGCGGCGAGUCAUUAAUCCCAGCACCAACAUCGACUUCAAAGCGUGCCUCAUUUGUUGAGAAGUCCCCUAGCACGAGCUCGCCUCCCGGCAAAAAGCCAAAGGCCCAAGAUGAUCAAAAUAAUACAGGUUUUGUAGAAACUUUGAAACCGCAAUUCGUACCCGGUCAAGUCAUGGCAGGUUCAGCAGCGGCUGCAAACUUAGUAGAAGAAAAAUUGUCACACUUGCAACUUGUGCAAGAAAACGAUAAUUUAAAAUCUCAGGUACGUGAUCUCACUGAGAAAGUAGAAACGUUGCGUGUAAAACGAAUGCAAGACAAGGAAAGGAUAAAAGAUUUCGAAAAAACGAAACUUCAAGUUGAACAGCUUCUUGAAUUUAAGGCCAAAGUUAUGGAAAGUCAAGCAAGCCUUCAAAGAGAACUUCAACGAGCUCGACAAGAAGCCAGAGAAGCUCAUGUGGCAAGGGAACAAUAUCAAGAAGAAAUGUCUGAUCUUGCAGAAACAGUAGAAAUGGCUACAUUAGAUAAAGAGAUGGCAGAAGAGAAGGCUGAAACUCUCCAAAUCGAGUUAGAGCAACUUAAGGAAAAAUUGGAGGAACAAACAUUAGAUCUAGAGAUAUUACGCACAGAAAUGUCUGAACGGGCAGCUGGCGGUGGAUCAAUUACGGGAACUUCCAGCUACGAAGUAAAGCAAUUGGAACAACAAAAUAAUAGGUUGCGUGAAACGCUCGUGAAAAUGCGCGAUUUAUCGGCGCACGAGAAACACGAAUUCCAAAAACUGCAAAAGGAUAUGGAUCAAAAAAAAUCUGAGAUCUUGGAAUUAGGUCGCACGAAAGAGAAGUUGUCGGCGCGGGUCGAAGAAAUGGAACAUCAGAUAGCAGAUCUACAAGAACAAGUCGAUGCAGCGUUAGGAGCUGAAGAAAUGGUCGAGGUAUUAGGCGAGAGGAAAAUGGCGUUGGAAGAAAAAGUGGCUGAAUUGGAAGAGGCUGUUGCAGAUUUGGAAGCUCUGCAAGAUAUGUCGGACCAACUGGCCGAAUCGUCCAAAGAAUUAGAGCUGGAACUUCGCGAGGAAUUGGAUCUUGCACUUGGAGCAGCGCGCGACGCCCAACGACAUCGGGACGCCGCGCUGGAGACGUUGGCGGAUCGUGAAUUAACUAUUACGAAGUUCCGUGAACUUACGCAUCAGUUACAGGAACAAUGUUUGCAGUUGCAGCAACGAGUUCAGUCAACGGAAUCAACCAAAACUAACGUUCGAGGUGCGGACCAACAACUUGCGGAAAUAUUAGACUUCCAGAAGACAUUUGCUGAGACCCGAGCGCAAACUAAAGCGGUCGAUCUUGAAUUGCGUCGCUUAGACGCCGAGGAGGCGCGAAACCAUGUGUGCUAUUUGCUGUCUUUCAUGCCUCCUGCAUUUUUGACUCGCGGUGGAGAUCAUGAUGCAAUAUUGACGCUCUUAUUAAUACCGAGGAUGACACAAAAAACGGAGAUAUUGAUUUCGCAAGUUCGAGAAAAGUACAGAUCGAUUGAAAAGAUAGACAGAACUUCUGUAAUGAGAGGUCACUCGGUAGCGCAAUAUUCGUUCAGAUCUCGUUUGUGCUCGCAUAUGUAUGCUUUACAAACCACCUUGGGUUGCUUUGAGUCAGCUUUAAACUCAUGCAAUUCGGAAAUGUUACUUAAAGCGGGAGCGGCUUAUCCGGAAAUGGCGGCGCAAGAAAAGUCUUUGGAUUCACUGAUAGAGCUGGCUAAGAGAGAUCAAUUGGACGAGAAUUUGCCGAUGGACGCGAUCGAGAAGUGUUGCGGAUACUUCGCCACAAUGUUCUCUGUGCUUUUCGGCGAAAGUAUAGCUGUCAAUCAGGCACGCUUAAUCGUGAAUGGCACGAGAACUUUGGGCAAUACAUGCGAUGCCAUAGCUACUGAUGCUGCAGCUAUCAAAGUAUUAAUACACGGAGAAGGUGCUGAUAUAGGUAAACUUUGUCAACAUGUUGAAACGACAUGCGAGGUAAUCCAGCAGCAUUUGAAAUCAGCUAGAAGACGAGUACCACGUGAUCACGCUGGUCCAGCAUUUUCUGUAGGCGCCAAUUUAGGAUUAGAUAAAGAUUGCAACGAACAAUUUUCUACAUGUUAUCAACACGGUGUGAAGAUUACGAAGACACUUCAGUAUCUAUUGAAGAGUGCCUUGCAUGCUAUUACUGAAAAUGGCGAUUUAGACACGGGAUUACCGGCCGAUAAAUUGAAGGAGAUGGCUGCAACGUCCAGCGAAAGAAUAUACGAUACAGAAGAUCUGGGUCCCGUAGCUACUAUCAAGGCUAGUUUAACGGUAAUACAGCAACUAGCGGCAAAUCUGGCGCAGAAAAUGGCCGAGUGUGAAAAUGAAUUAGCUAUAAGCGGACAAACACAAAGUCAGCAGCAAUCUAAGGAGAGCGAGCAAAUAACGCCAAUUGUGGCUAGAGCGAAUUCUGUUAGGAAGGAGUCGGAAGAAACGAAAAUACUCAGCAGGAAACUCGAAGCAAGGGAUAGUGACAUACGCGAGUCGAGAUUAGCUUUACGAGAGAAGCAAGAAGAAUUAUCUGAAAUGACCCUGCGGAAGGAGUUGGCCGAGAAGCGUUUUGCGACACAACAGCAUGAACACGAAAUGAAUGUCGAGAAGUUGAAGAGAAAAUUAGAAGAGGCGCAAAAUCAAUUAAAACGCAAGGAAAAAGAAUUCGAAGAAACAAUGGAUCAUCUUCAAACCGAUAUCGAUAGCUUAGAAACAGAGAAAGGACAACUGAAGGAAAAGCUGAAGUCGAUUGGCAAGAAAACGAUAUCAGUGUCUGGCACAGACAGCAUGAUGGGAAGCACUUCGAUAACGAGUACUUUGGACAACAAAUAUUAUGUACAGGAGAUAAACGCUCUCAAGCAAGCUUUGAAUAAUGAGCACCAGCAAAAGAAGAAGAUAAUGUGCGCCGUCUUGCGUCAAAAGUUAGAUCGUUUGGAACCGUUGCCAUCGCCGACAAACCUUAAAUCUCUGGAUACAAAAAUUCAAGAAUUGCGAAAGAAGACUACUGAUCUCGUCAAGGAUGUGGAAAAGACUUUGGUAUAUCCAGCAGUUCCUGAUUUAAGGCGUAAAGUGCCCGAAACGUCUUAUCAUUAUUUAUUGGAACGUCAAAGAAACAUUAUGCAAUUGAAAGAACGAGUUGACGAGCUAGUGGCUCAAGUACGUCGCGAGGCUAUCAAACGCACACCAGGUGGAAGAGCGGAAGCGAAUUUCGCCGUGUAUCCGAAUCGCGAGAUGGCGGCAGCAAUGCAAGAACGCAAAUUACUUGCCGCCGAAAUAAAAAUCCCCUACAAUGGCCCGGAACAAUCCUUCUCUGUCAAUGUAGGACCUCAAGAACUUAGGAAAAUUCACACUCUAUUAUAUUAUUAAGAACCCGCAUUGCUUCAUUAUUUAUUUCGUGAUAAAAUAUAUGCUCACAGAAUCCUCACAAUGUGUCGUGCAUAAAAGAGAGACUAUCUUUCUAAUUGUUUCAUGAUAGCAAUUUUUUAUACUAUGUUGCUGUACCCUGUGCUCUAUAAAAAUGAAACGAGAUAAUUAUACAUGUUCUGAAUAACGCGGUAUAUUAACUAGGCUUUUAUACAGAAUUUUGUCACAUAUCGCUGUGAAAAAGGUACAGGGCAGAUCUAGCAAUUCGUAAUUUGCACUUGUGCAAUGUUUAUUUAUUUCCGAUGGGCUACAGUGCGAUGACCGGCGCAUCGCAGCUGGGAGGCUCUUUUUUUCAGUGUUCAUUACGUUUAUAAACGCAAUGUUAUUUAGUAUUAACAAUACGGAAGAAAAAAUCAUGUAUAUAUAUAUAUGCCUUUAAGAAUUGUCAAAUAUAUGGUCUAAAAAUAUUUACAUAAGUGUUUUGUAUGUAUGUACACCCUAAACAGUGAUGGUAUCACAAUAAUAGAAAGUGGUAUGGUCUUGUAGAGUUGUACGCCACCUACCUUGACCAAACAUCAUACACUUUUACUGUUGCUAUAUAUAUUAUACACAACAGCCAAAUCUCGUAAAUCAUUAGCAAGAUUAACAUUUAAUGAAACAGAAAUUUAUAGUACAAUAUUUCAAUUUUUUUUAUUUGUAGAGAUAAAAGGAGCAGUAAACCGUUCAUGUAUUUCCUCAAAUAUUUAUGAAAUAAGGUAUGCCUUAAUUACUGUCACAAUUUUAUUAUACAUACAGACAUGUAU